GCCGAGGCUUGCUGCUAUUGCAGCAGGAGCAAUAGGAAUAGUCACUGGUCCGCGGUUAGUAAAAGGAGGGGAAUGGCUUGAAACAAAAAAAGCAGAGAUGAUAAGUAUAUGACAGUUCUUGUUGCAAAUUGCUGCAGUGCUCUUUUUAUAGGUGUAGUGUAUUCUCAUUCGGAUUGACUAAACUGGGCAACCGAGCCUCAUGUCACAUGUGCUUCAUAGGAAGAAGCUGGGCAUCUGCAAGCUGGAUCUGGAGGAGGAUGCUGCGGCAAAUGAUACACAGAGGGCUCAAAGCUUCUUUCUACUGGCUGGGCUUAUUUGUUAGUAGGCAUCCGGUUUUUUUCCUCACCGUUCCCGCAGUCUUAACCAUCAUUUUCGGAUCUACCGUCCUGAGCAGAUUCAAGCCCGAAACGGACAUCGAGAUACUGGUUGCCCCGACACACAGCUUUGCUAAAGUAGAGCGGAGUCUUGCGAACAGCCUUUUCCCCAUCGACCAGUCAAAAAACAAGCUGUAUUCCGACCUGCACACCCCCGGCAGAUAUGGCAGACUGAUUCUGCUGGCCAAGUCUGGGGGAAAUAUACUGGAGCUAGCCGACCAGGUCCUGCAGGUUCACAAGCAGGUGCUGGAUUUGCGGGUUAAUUACAAGGGAUUCAAUUACACUUUCGCUCAUCUCUGUGUCCUGAGCCAUCAGGAUCAGCGAUGCCUCUUGGAUGAUAUAAUUACGAUAUUCGAAGAUAUCCGCUUAGCCAUUCUAUCGAAUCACACUUUUUCAAAGGUGCCCGUGAACUAUCCAAAUACCACAUUAAAGGAUGGUCGUGUGUCCUUCAUCGGCCACCAGCUGGGUGGAGUGGCCUUCUCGCCCAACAGCCGAGACCAGCAGGUGAAGUUUGCCCGGGCCAUCCAGAUCACCUACUACCUUCGCAACCAUGGCCCCGUGGUGCAGGACGUCAUCGCAGAGAAGUGGGAGAACGCCUUCUGCGCCCUCAUCACACGCCUGUCCACGCUCAGCGAGGACCUGCACAUCCAGUCUCUCACCUCCUUCAGCCUGUGGAGGGACUUCCACCAGACGGGAGUGCUGGCCAAAGGGGAGGUGCUGGUCAGCCUAGUGCUCCUUCUGCUGGCGGCCACCAUCUCCAGCUCAAUGAGGGACUGCCUGAGGGGAAAGCCCUUCCUGGGUCUGCUGGGUGUGCUCACAAUAGCCAUCGCCAACGUGACCUCCACUGGCAUCUUCUUCAUCUCCGACGGGAAGUUUAACUCCACGCUGCUGGGGAUCCCAUUCUUCUCCAUGGGUCAUGGAACCAAAGGAGUGUUUGAGCUCCUGGCGGGCUGGCGAAGAACUCGAGAAAGCCUUCCCUUCAAGGAACGCGUGGCAGACGCCUUCGCCGACGUGAUGGUGUGCUAUACCAUGACCAGUUCCCUCUACAUCAUCACCUUCGGCAUGGGUGCCAGUCCCUUCACCAACAUUGAGUCGGUGAAGAUCUUCUGCCAGAGCAUGUGCGUGGCCGUCCUGGUCAACUACUUCUACGUGUUCUCCUUCUACGGUUCCUGCUUGGUGUUCGCUGGUCAGCUGGAGCAGAACCGCUACCACAGUGUGUUCUGCUGUAAGAUCCCCUCAGUGGAGUACCUGGACCGUCAGCCCACCUGGUUCAAGACCAUGAUGAGCGACGGCCAUGACCAUGUCACGCACCACGAGGUCGUGCCCUACCACAACCACUUCAUCCAGCACUUCCUGAGGGAGCACUACACGGAGUGGAUCACCAACACCUAUGUCAAGCCCUUCGUGGUCAUCCUCUACCUGAUCUACGCCUCCUUCUCCUUCAUGGGAUGUUUACAAAUCAGUGAUGGAUCCAACAUCGUCAACCUCCUAGCCAGCAACACGCCCAGUGUGUCCUACGCCACGACCCAGCAGAAGUACUUCAGUAACUACAGCCCCGUGAUCGGCUUCUACAUCUAUGAGCCCAUUGAGUACUGGAACUCCACGGUGCAGGAGCACCUCACAACGCUGAGCCACGGCUUCAACAAGAUCUCCUGGAUGGAUAACUACUUUCAGUAUCUGAAGGUGGUGAAUGUGAGCGCCUCGACCAAAAGUGAUUUCAUCACCAUCCUGCAGGGCUCCUUCCUGCGCAGCCCGGAGUAUCAGCACUUCAUGGAGGACAUCAUUCUGUCCAAGACAGAUGGGGAUGAAAUGGAGAUAAUCGCGUCCAGGAUGUACCUGGUGGCGCGGACCACAGAGAAGACACGGGAGGAGGUGGUAGAACUGCUGGAGAGGCUCCGCCCCCUUUCGCUCAUCAACAACAUCAAGUUCAUCGUCUUCAACCCCACCUUCGUCUACAUGGACCGUUACAGCUCCUCUGUGGUCUCACCCAUCCUCACAUCGGCCUUCAGCGUGCUCACCAUCCUCAUCCUCACCUUCUUCCUGGUCAUCAACCCUCUGGGGAACUUCUGGUUGAUCCUGACCGUCACCUCCGUAGAGCUGGGGGUCCUGGGCCUCAUGACCCUCUGGAAUGUACACAUGGACAGCAUCUCUAUCCUGUGCCUUAUUUAUACUCUCAACUUUGCCAUGGAUCACUGUGCACCCCACCUGUACACCUUCGUACUGGCCACGGAGCACACCAGGACCCAGUGCAUAAAGAUCUCGUUAGAGGAGCACGGGGCGGCCAUUUUGCAAAACGCCUGCUGUUUCGUUAUCGGGAUGUUGCCCUUGGUGUUUGUGCCUUCCAAUCUGACCUACACGCUGUUCAAGUGCUCCCUCCUCACCGCAGGCUGCACAGUGCUGCACUGUUUCGUCAUCCUGCCUGUGUUUCUAACGUUUUUUCCCCCAUCAAAAAAAAGGCACAAGAAGAAAAAACGGGCAAAACGGAAAGAGCGGGAGAGGGAGCGGGAGAUGAUGGAGAGGGAGAGAGUGAGGGAGAGGGAGGAGAUAGAGUGCAUUGAAGUCAGGGAGAACCCUGAUCAUGUGACUAACGUCUGAGAAGCCGUGUGUCGGUGAGCGGCAGCUGGACAGUCUUCAGUGAUUGUUGGGUGAGGUGUUGGAAGCAUGUCCUAAAGCGAGGGUGGCCAUGUGUUGUAGCCCCUCAAAGGGCCAGAGGGGUCAAAGCUGACCAGUCCUCAGAAGGAGGAGGGAGGGAGGGAGAUAUAGACCAGCAGCCAUGACCCAGCUAGACAGCCAGCAGCCAUGCUGUCUAGAGUAGAGACCAGACCGGGUCAGACCCAUAGAUCAGCUACUCCUUCAGACUGGAUGGGACAGUGUAUCUUAUCUGCACAGUCUGCAAACGGUUCCCUCUGCUGUUCAUACAGACACUCACACAACCAGGAAGAAACUACAGUAUCAUACAUUUACUUACAGUGUAAUGUGUAAGGGGAUAAUAUAUCUUAUUCUAACAAUUGUAAAUCUACAGUAUCGUGAGGAAAGUAUGGUAGCAUAAAAAUGAGAGCAAUGCGUACCUCCAAGGUUGGUGGUCAAAGUUAUCUAAAUUGUUUUCUACAAUUUGUCAUAUUAAAUAUUUUUAUCAUCUACACAGGCUUAUACUAACCCCAUCACAAAGACCCCAUUAUAGUAUGAUUAGUAUGACAGACAGACAGACAGACAGACAGACAGACAGACAGACAGACAGACAGACAGACAGACAGACAGACAGACAGACAGACAGACAGACAGACAGACAGACAGACAGACAGACAGACAGACAGACAGACAGACAGACAGACAGACAGACAGACAGACAGACAGACAGACAGACAGACAGACAGACAGACAGGCAGGCAGGCAGGCAGGCAGGCAGACAGACAGACAGACAGACGUAUACAUUUGAAUUUGUUUGAGAGUACACAGAAAUAAAGCAUACCCACAGUAGAUUCCAUUCUUUCUUUCCGGUAAACACCCGAGCGAACAGCUGAACUGGGCAGAUGGCGUACACUGUGUCCAUUAUGAAGAAUUAUCCUGCACAUUGCAUUGUGUGGAUACCAUUGUCAAGGUUAAUUUUACAGGAAGACAGAUAUAUCUGCUUUAUUUCCAUUCUCACAUCUGUUCUUAGCCAACAAUUAGAGUAGAACUGCAGCAAGGUACAUAAUCUAGGGCUUCAUUCAGUCUUUAUCCCUGAAAUGUUACAGAUUGCACCAUAGAAAUGUAAAUGUCAUUUCAGACUGAGCUGACAUAUGCAGCGUUUAUUGUGAAUGCAGUCUCCGCUAACGCGGUAACAUUGACUUUCAAAUCCAAUCACGCUGUAACUUCUGCGAUACGGAUUGAACAGAUCCCUUAAUAGAGUUAGGCAUGUUCAGGAAAUCAUAGCAGGUGGCUUAACUAGGAGGGAAAAGGCAACUCUGAACUAGUAAAACCAAAAGGAGGAAGUACUGCAGAGGUUGAAAAUCAUACUGCCUUCCUAACUGGGCUAAGAUAUGAGGUGUCUCGAGAAAUCAUCUGAACAUCAUGGUUGGCAAGGCAUCUUCAGUGUUUAACACGUUUCAGUGUCACGCGUUUCAAUGUCCCAUGAUUAAGAGGUGAUUAUGGAUCAUCAUGAACAAAAUAAAUGAUUGGGUGGGUUGGACACGACAGGUCAUAACUUAAUCAGAGAUACAUUGUUUCUUUUUGUUUGUGUGAAAGACUAUGGUGCCAAAUAAUUUGAGUGGGAAAAAAAAAUGGGUGCCGAUUUUUUGGAUGUGGAUAUUCUGUCAAAUCAAAUCAUGAUGUAAAAGACAUCCUAUUGGUUCAAACCUCAGAGUAAUGCCAUACAUCACAAUGAUGCGUGUUUAAACAACCGUUGGUGAUGUAUAUUAGCAUUCCAAUGGCUUUCAUGGACCAUUGCUUGAUCUACUUUAGAAAUCUCCAGAGAACAUCAAUAUUCUCCUCUAGUAGCCUCUCGGCUAUCCAGAAUGGCCAGAGUGGAGUCCCUCUCCCCGUCGGAAAACCAAGCGCAUUAUCAAGCUAAGUCUGAUGAUGCUGGAUAAGAUCUCUGUAAGGGCAGACACUCUCAAGGUCAGAAUGCAGGAGAUAGUCAUCACUGACCUCCUUAGGAUGGUUUGUCGCAUGUAACAGAAUGCCUCUCAUGUAAAAGGAUGUGGCUGUCCGUAGGUUAUUCUUAAUUGAAAGUUAUGACCUUGAGAGGGCAUUGCUGUCUUUAUGUGCUGCUUGAAAGGGACAAAGUACCUCUCAAAAAGGGCAAUAAAAGCUAUGAGGGCAGCUGAAGCAACUUUAUGUCUGUUUGGACCAAAAGUUAGAGAAGCUUACAGGAGUAAAAUGGUCAGUACAAUUAACCAUCUUGAAAGCAACAUAUUGAAGUAAAGAAGCGAAAAGCAGUUUCUGCUUCUGUAUGAAACAGUAGCUCGCUAGUUAUCAAGAUAAUGCCUUUACCUGCUCAUGGGCUUUCACACUCCUCCUUUAGUAAAAUAAAUGGGAUGAAAAGGGUCCUCUCCCUCAUGCAAGAAAUCACCCUCCUCACAAAAGACUAAUGACGGCCAUUUUGUCUGAAAGUUAGCAAUGAAUGAAUCUCUCACGUAAAAAAAUGAUGACAAGGUAAAUCCCUAAUUUCAUUCUCAAAUCUCUUAUCCGUGGUGAUGAUUAAUCCUAAGCGUUAAAGCCUAAAUAGCAAGAGAGAAUCUCAUAACUUUUAACCAGACAUAGUUACUCCAAAGCGAUGGGUAUAGGCUAGCUACAAAACCUGCAACUGUUGGUGUCACUGCAUUUUUGUAAAAGCCAUGUCAUGUAUGUAUAGUAAGAAGGUUUGAACAUUGAAUAUAAAGGGGACAAAUGCCAAUUGAAAUCAUUGACUUCCCAAAAUGACUGUGUACGCAUGGCACUGUAAUGUAUUGAUGCAUGUAUUUGAUUUCUGUAUAUUUAGUCUGUGUAUCCUUAUUUUGCAACGCUGUUUUAACCCAUGUUUGUUGUUUAAAUGCAUAUUCUAUAACAUUUUGUGCCACAAAGUAACAAAAUGUCCUUUAUGUUCAACAAAACAGAAGCCAGAGGAUCAUAUGUGUAAUAUAACUGUAUAUGAUUUUUUUUAAAGAUUUUCUAUGAAAAAAACUCUAUGAUAUUAGAUUUUUUUAAAGCUGAAAUGUUCUUAUAAAAAAGCAAUAAAGGAAAAAAGGGUUGAACACAGUAAUAAACUGCAGAAUGUCAACAGUAAACUGAGUAGAUCAACCUGUUGCACCUCCAGUGGACCUAAAUGUUUGUGGUGCAUCAACAAAUGUAAUACGUUCUCUAUGGGGAGACUGUGGAUUCUGCUUGUUUUCCUCGUUUGUUUCUUUGUUUAUUCCUCACUACUUGGCCAUUAUAUUACAGGGAGAUAUUACAGCCUCUUUUUAUUACACUGCAAUUUUGUUUAGCUUGGUUGUGGUUAUUUUCUUUCUAUCACAAUAGUAUGCAAAACAACAAACAAUAAUGACAAAGAAUUGCAAUGGUAUAUGCAGAACAUGUCUAAGACUGAGCUAAAUGGUUUGCUGUGCUGUUAUGACCCGUACUUACAUAACUACUGUUGAAUUUUCAGAUUACAAUAUCAUUAUACAUGAUCCAUGAACAUGCUGAACCCUCCAAUAACUUUCAAUGUUUUUUUCACUCAUGAUACAGGAUAGUCAAUUCAUCUUUUGAAGUACUCAGCUUGCUGUACUUGCUGUAUACAAGCCAUCUCUGGUGAAGCUAUAUUUAAUGCGGUCUUUCUGAGUCUAGUAUGUGUUCUAACGUGCCAUUGACCAUCACUUGUCUAACACUUCACUGUCUGCUCCACUGAGAAAGUCAUUACCUCCACCAAUGUUUCAUUUACCAAACCCCUUGCUCAUGGUUUUGUCUAACUCUUAAAUCAGGCUAUCUAAUGCAGUGAUCUGUUGAUGCUUAUUGUAUGUGUGGUAGGUUGUAAUUUUGUCAGUGAGUCUUGAGUGUCAACUCACUGUUCAGAUCAGAACAUGGUCAUUGAUUGAUGACAUCAGUGAUGAGGUCAUUAUCUGAGGUUUGGUUUUGAUGUGGUGUCUGAUGCUCUGUGUGUGAAUAUAAAAACCCAAACACUGUUAACGAGUAGCAGGUGAUAGGCGACUUGUUCUUAUUUCACCUCACUUUUAUACAAAGGAUGGGCUUCAAACCUGAUGCAGUUGCCAAGAAAACAAUGUAAUAAGAACAUGUGUGAAACAACCAAUGAACAUGAUGACUGAUUUAGAAUAUUGCAUAGCGAAGUGAGAAUAACUCAAGCAGCAGAUUAACUAAAGUCCCCCCCCCCCCUUGAUACACCAGCAUAGUUAAGUUUGCGUGUUCAGCUUGAACACAACACAACAACAUACACACAUUGCAAUAAGAUUAUGCAAUUCUAAACUGUGGUUGAACAGGCAUACUGUUCCAAAAGCACACAUCAGAAAUGUUAAGGCAGCAAGAACACACCCAUGCCAUAUUGUCUGUUAUCCAUUUCUACAAUGGUUCUAGCCCAGACAAUCUCUGCUCAUUCAACAAUUCUGUAGUUUAUAUUUGAAAUGAUCAUACAGCGUUUCAACACCACACAACAAUGUCAACAUUUGACUACUGCAGUAGGAUUUCCCCCCUUACAUGAAGAGAGAAGGAAAAAGAAAACUAUUGCAUAAGGACUUGUGUGCCGUUUGGUGCUAGGGCAGCUUAACUACAAUGCUACCAACAUAGUGAACAUGCAUGUUAGGCAUCUUUCAGAGACUGCAUGGAGACAAAGUGCUCAGUGGGAAAGAUAGAAAGUCUUGGGAGAAUGAUUUAUGAGGAUGUAUUUGGGAGAAGUGUCUGGAUUAGGUUUGAAAAUGCCAAGGUCUGAGCCCUAAGUACUGUGGCUAUGUACAGAUGUAGGAACUUCAUUUGAGCCAGUUUGCUACAGCAGGAACAUAAUCCUGCAACAGCAGGAAAUGUCAAUUAUUUUGUGGAUUAUAAUUAAUGGACAUUUUUGUAGGGGUUGAUCAUUUUUUUCUUAAGGUUAAGGGAAAAUCAAGUCUGAAAUUACAAACUUCAGAAGCCUUUUUAAACCUAAAAUACACUUAUAUACUUUUCCUGCAUUGUAUGGAGGUUUCUGUGCAACAGAGUGAUCGAAUUAAGAUCCUACAUCUGUAUGUGUCAUAAUCUCUAAAUUACAUGGCUAUGUGCGCGUUAUAAAUUCAUAAGCCUAUGGGGUCCAGGAUAGAUGCACACAAUUAAUCUAGAAUGGAAUUACUCUUGAUUUGACAAAAUGGCCUGGCUGCAUUGCCUUACUUUUCAAUGCUUUAUGUGUCUUUUACACAAAGAAACUGUUUAGAUUGUGUUGAAUGUGCUGUCGAUGCUGUUGUCAUCAAACUGUCCGACAGAGUUAAGAACUGGUGGUGGGUUGAGCUGACUGUAUACCAGUGAAUACAUGUUGUUUGGAGUUGGAUUGUGAUUGUGACCGUCAAGAUUAAAUGUUAUGUUGGAUAUACAUAGAAUUUAGAUCCUGAAUUAAUCAAGCAGCUGGUGUAAGGAUGUGGUUAUGACAACAACUCUUGUUUGUGUAGUUAACACACCCUAAUCCAUAAAAUUACACUUUAUUUAUUUAUUUAAAACUUUUUUUUAAAGUGCACAUGUUUUAGCUAAUUCGCUUAUCCUAUUAUUUUUUGUUUAAAUCAUGGUAUAAAGGGACUAAGGGGAUUUCUCAAUGUAUAAUCAACCCAAAUGUAAUCAAUGUACUGUAGUGCAAAAAUGGCCUGUCACCCAUUAGGUCUUCUCAUGGUUCGGAGAAACUUUACUCCCUGCCUCAGACGCAGGUUGGCAUUUACUGUCAAUGAUCUUGCCUUGGAGGGAGCUCUUUAGACUGGUCACUAGCUGGCACAGACACAAAGCCAUAGUUUAAACCUAACCCCAACCUUAACCCUAAUCUUAACAGUACUGUUAACCUUAAUGCCUAACUCUAACCAUAAAUUAAAACCAAAAAGCAAACUUUUGUUUUCAUGAAAUGUUAAGAUACAACCAAUAUUGUCUUUGCAUUUGGCCCAUCUAGCAGAAAUCACUUAGUUCUGCCUCUAGGGCAAGAUUCAUGACAAACAAUGUCAACCUGUGCAUCGGACCAAUGUAGGGGGAAGGAUGCAGGGAGGAGGUAGAAACAGGGGUGUGAAGUGAAUGAUUCUGUAGGAACACUGGCUAAUGACACUGUGAUGACCACAAUGUUCCUUCCUAAUCAGUAGCAUAGGCAAGGGAGCCUUCAGACCAGGCCAUUAGGGUAGAACCAUCAUUUCUGACUGAAUGGGCUUUCCUAGGCUCCAGUGCUGUGGUAAGUUAUAGCUGUUAGGGCUGGCAGCAAUCCCCUCUCUCUCUUUCCCUCUUUCCUUAUCCUGUGGCAGCAUGAUAAUAUUUCAAAUAUUCAGAUAACUGGAGAGGUAAGCCCUCAUUUGAAUCUCAAAAGAUUUUAGUAGCUAGAGCAGGCAAGAAACUGUGAUAGUCAUUACAGAAGAUGACUGCAAGCUGUCUGAUUACUGCAGCUGCAGGAUGACUCUCAACCCGCAACAUAUUUACUCCUAAUGUUGUAGCGUUGUAUCCAAACACCCAGAGUUUCCUCACACUCUUGUUUUUUCACCAUAGACUUUAUCUGAGAGGAGAAGUUGGCAGAAUGAAGGGUGGUUUGUAUUAUGUGUUUGGUUUGUCUGUUUACUGUACUGUGUGCUGAGAGGGAUAUUCUUGGCUCCUCUUCCAUGUCAUAAUCCUGUCUUGAUUCUGCUUGGGCUUAUUUGUGCUCUGUCUCUGGCUCUCUUUCCCUCAUCACUGGCCUGUCUGUCUAUCUGUCUGCAUGGGCCGGUCUGGCUACUACAGCUUGUAGGUUGCUGAUUCAAUGAACUGCUCCGAUUCUACACUGAUGGUGGUGAAGUGCUUCUACCAAGUUAUAUAAGCUAUCUGCAGUGAUUUCUUCCCACUCACGUCCACCCUUUCUUCAAAGGGUGUCAUCAGGGGUGGACUUAGUGAUUUGGAGGCCCCAGGGCAGAGGCUAGUCUGAGGUUUUUAUAGUAAAGGUGUAAUUUAAUUGUAAAAAUGUAUUACCUUUUAAUGUGCCAUGAACACAACCAGUCAUUAUGUUUUCAUCUGAUUCUCAAACAAAUCACUUCAAAAAGAUAGGGUACAGCCAAAAUAAUUAAAUCUUAAAUAAACAGUACACUGUGCACCCGCCAACUUCAAUUCAAUCGCAAGUCGAUGAAACUAUCUCAUCGGAGAAAGCAUUAGAGCGAGCGAAACAGUGCCCCUCUGUCUUAUUAUAUGUAGCCCAUGUAUCUGAUGCUGUCUGGCCAAAAAGAGUAUGACAUGCCAUACUCUUUUUGGCCAAACAGCAUCAGAUACAUGGGGUACACAUACAGUACAUGUCCUCUGCCUCAAUUACGAUGCCAGUAUUAGCAGCAGCAUCUGUCUUUUUACUAAAGAAAUGACUUAGGACAUUUUUAUGUCAAAAUUAAAUCUUCUUUCUAUCUUUUUCUUUUCUCUGCUCCACUCUGAAAGUGCCUAAUUUCUUCUUCACCCCUUUUUCAUGGUAUCCAAUUGUUUAGUAGCUACUAUCUUGUCUCAUCGCUACAACUCCCAUACGGGCUCGGGAGAGA